CUAUUAAUAGACUUGUGCAGGGGAUCGUUGGAAGACAGAGCCGCACAUCAAAGUAAUCAAACACAUAGUUGAACUCUCUUGCUUUUGCUACACUUCUCGAUCGAUUCCUCCUCAGGAAUGGAAAGGUUGCAGCGCAUGUUUGCUGGAGCUGGUGGUGCGUUAGGUCACCCGCCGCCGGAUUCUCCUACUAUCGAUUCGUCGGAGCAAGUCUACAUUUCUUCUCUCGCUCUUCUUAAGAUGCUCAAACACGGGAGAGCUGGCGUUCCUAUGGAAGUGAUGGGAUUAAUGUUGGGGGAAUUUGUGGAUGAGUACACUGUCCGGGUGGUCGAUGUGUUUGCUAUGCCACAGAGUGGGACUGGAGUGAGUGUCGAAGCAGUUGAUCAUGUCUUCCAGACCAAUAUGCUUGAUAUGCUCAAGCAAACUGGCAGGCCAGAGAUGGUUGUCGGAUGGUAUCAUUCACAUCCUGGUUUUGGUUGUUGGCUUUCGGGUGUGGACAUUAAUACUCAGCAGAGUUUUGAAGCAUUGAAUCAAAGAGCAGUUGCUGUGGUGGUGGAUCCAAUUCAGAGUGUGAAAGGGAAGGUGGUGAUUGAUGCUUUUCGUUUAAUAAACCCCCAAACAAUGAUGCUUGGCCAAGAGCCACGUCAAACAACAUCUAACUUAGGACACCUAAACAAACCCUCUAUCCAAGCCUUGAUCCAUGGUCUUAACCGGCACUAUUACUCCAUAGCAAUCAAUUAUAGAAAGAAUGAACUUGAAGAAAAGAUGCUUCUGAAUCUUCACAAGAAGAAAUGGACAGAUGGGUUGACCCUCCAGCGAUUUGAUGCCCACUCCAAAACCAAUGAGGAAACAGUCCAGGAAAUGCUAAACCUAGCAAUCAAAUAUAAUAAGGCAGUCCAGGAAGAGGAUGAAUUACCACCUGAGAAGUUGGCCAUUGCAAAUGUAGGAAGGCAAGACGCCAAGAAGCAUCUAGAAGAGCACGUCUCGAACUUGAUGUCUUCGAAUAUUGUUCAGACGCUGGGAACCAUGCUCGACGCUGUUGUCUUUUGAAGUUCUAAGCUAUAAACUCCAUACUGUUAUCUUUUGUUGCAAUGGGUAAAGAAUUAUUCUACGGAGUAAAAAAAAGUAUUGGUUCUAAUUUACAGAUUCUCAAUUCACUUAAUGAGUCAUCAUUUGCUAUGUUGAUAUUUCCCACCAUUUGCUCGGUUUAUUGAUCCUAUAAAAAUCUAUAUACUCCGUAUUUUUAUAGAUACUUAUUUUACGAAUUCUAAAUUUUGAAUUGAU